UUUUGAGAACUUUGGAAAGAUGAGUGAGGAGAAGGCAGUACUUGGAGGAAUGGGGGAGCCCAGGGAACCUACUGAAGAGGAUCAAUCCAUCCUGGACAAGGUGAAGGAACAGUAUGAGAAGCAGUCCGGGACUAACCCCGGGAAAUUUAAGGCAAUCCUCGUCGGUACUCAGGUUGUUGCCGGAACAAAUUACUUUUUCAAGGUGGACAUCGGAGAGGACACUUAUAUCCACGUUCGGGUCUUCGUACCUCUGCCUGCUUCAGAUGAGGGACCCACUUUGGAGUCUUUCCAGGCGGAUAAGACAAAGGAUGAUAAACUGGAGCUUUUCAAAGCUAAAGAUGAGGAACAAGCAGCGGUCACAUGUUCCAAAACACCACAACCCGUCCUUCUUUAAAGGACCAGCAACAAGGGGUUAAAGAACCUGAAAGUAUAUAAUGUGACCGUCCAGAAAAGCACUUGGCUGAGAACACACCACAUUUUUGUGGACUGAUCUGUCCUGACUUUAAGCCUGAACACUAAUUUGUGUAUAUAACAUUGC